AUUCCAAACGUGCUCGUAAAGCGAACUCCUACUACUAGUGGUCUAGGACUGAGGAAUUGCCCAUCUAACAUCUCCACACGCCACUUUCGGAUAAAGCCCAUUCUUAGGCAAGUCUUACAUACUGAAAUUAAAUAGGCACCCUGGCUAUGGGAGAUCAGGACGGAGAUGACGGCUCCCCAAGGAGUCGCAGUCGAUCUAAAACAAACAGAAAGGGAAGAUCGCUUUCUCGCUCUCGGUCCAGGUCGCGCUCCGCCUCAGCGGACAACAAGUCCCCCAUGAGGUCCCGGUCCGCAUCCCGAUCCCCCCGCUCCCGCUCCGCCUCUCGCUCUCCCAUUAACAAGAAUGGCAGGCGAGGCCGCAGCCCCAGCCGCAGUCGCAGUGCCUCCCCGGCCGGCGGUAGGAAGGUCCGCAGCCCCAGCCGCAGCCGGAGUCCUGGCAGGAAGGUCCGCAGCCCCAGUAGGUCACCCAAGCGGCGGGCAGGCGGUGGCGGCAGCCGCUCCCGCUCCCGAUCCCGAUCUCGGUCUCGCUCGCCUGCUAAGAAGCGAUCGCGAGUGGGUACGGCAGCAGGCGGGCGCCGCAGUCGCAGUCGGAGCCGGAGCCCGCCGUCGAGGUAUCGGCCAAGCAGUCGCUCGCCGAUCCCACCGGGACGGCGACGCAGUCCCGUGGGUCGGCGGCGCGGCGGCAGUCGCAGUCGCUCGCCGCCGCGGGUGAAGCGGUGGGUGAGUCGGUCUCGGUCGCCUCCGCGGCGGCAGCGCAGCAGGUCCCGGGACCGGGCUGGUGCUGCUGCUGCUGCUGUCACCGCCGUCAGUCGCCCGGGGGGCGAACGGGAGCGCAGCGGCCUCCUCCCCCCUCGUGACAGGGACCUGCGCGAUCGACGCGACGACAGGAACGAGCGGAGCAACAACAACCGGGAGAGUAACCGGGAUCGGGACCGGGAUCGGGGUGGAAGAGGAGACGCGAGGGAUGCCGCCGCGAAGGAAGCCAACAACAGGGAGAAGGAGAGGGAGAGGGAGAGGGAGAGGGACAAGGGGAAGGAGGACAGCGAGAAGGAGGAGGGCGAGAGGGACGAUGCGGGUCGGGAGGGCGAUGACAAGGAGCGAGGAGAGGUGGAUCGGGAGAGGGAGCGGGAUCGCGGGCGGGAUCGCGACAGGGAGAGAGAUCGAGAUCGGGACCGGGACCGGCGACGUGAGGAGGAGCGGGAGCCACAUGUUGACAAUGCCACUCGGUCCCUGGUGCGCGACUGCCUGAUUGAGCUGACGGAGCGGCAGCGGCUGCCUUGCAACAUCUCCAUCCUCAACGACUACAUGCGCAUGCGGGACAGACGCUUCACCUACAAGUCUUGCGGCUUCGCCACCUUCACGCUGUUCUGCAAGGUGUUCGAGCGGGACGGCUGGCUGGAGAUGGACCAGGAGCGCAGCAGCGUGGUCAUCAGCCGCACCAAGUUCGAUCGCUCGCGGUCUGGUGGGGGUGGAGGCAGCCGGCGGCGCACCUCGCCGUCCCGGGAGCGCGACCUGUCGCGGGAGCGCCGCCGCAAGCGCGAGCAGAAGCUGCGCAGGCGGGAGAGGGAUCGUCGCGACGGGCGCUCGCCGCGAGGCAGGGACCGAGGCGGCGGCGGUGGUGGCAAGGAGAGAGGCGGGGACGGCGGAGACGGCAGGGGGCGGGGCAGGUCUCCCUCCCGCUCUCGCUCCCUCUCCCGCUCCCCUCGCCGCAGCGGGGGCUCGCCGCCCGCCCCCCGCCGCGUGUCGCGCGACGUGCCCCGGGAGUCCGAGCGCUGGCAGCUGGACCCCGCCCCGCAGGCGGCCAGUGGGGAGGAGCGCUGGAAGAUGGAGCCGACGGAGGCAUGAGGGGCCAGAUGAGGG